AUGCAGACGGGGGAAGUAGCCCAAGGUGACAAGAACAACCCCUUUGAGGAAGAGGCUUUCACAGAACAUUACAAAAUCCUAACAACCCUUGGGCGAGGAGGAUUUGGAGAAGUAAAAUUGGCUAGCCAUCUACUCACCCAGGGAAGGGUAGCAGUAAAAGUUCUCCCCAAAGACAGAAAGAACAGCUUCAUCAAAUCAGGAAUUGAAAUAAUGAAAUCUCUAGACCAUCCCAAUAUUAUUAAACUUUUGCACGUGAUGGAGACCACAAAUAACGCUUACAUGGUUAUGGAACAUGCCACACGGGGAGAGCUAAUGGGCAGGAUUGUGGAGUUUGGCUACAUACCAGAGGAGGAGUCUCGUAAGCUAUUUAAACAGAUGGUAUGUGCCCUCCAGUAUUGUCACAGUAAAGGGAUUGCUCACAGGGCCCUAACACCCACAAAUAUUUUAGUGGACAACAAAGGAAAUAUAAAACUCAGUGACUUUGGUUUGGGCACCAAGCUUACUACACAGCAGAAGCUAGCAUAUUUCUGUGGGACCCUUCCUUAUUGUGCCCCAGAACUCUUUGAAGAAAAAGGCUACAAUGAACUUGCCACCGACAUCUGGAGCUUGGGGGUUGUGCUCUACUUGAUGUCAACAGGGCACCUCCCUUUCAUGGGAAAUACCUUUGGAGGACUAAAGCAGAAGAUCUUGGCAGGAAAGUACUCCACUGAGUUCAAGCUGUCGCCAGAGCUUUGGGACCUUAUUGCUAAGUUGUUAACUGUAAAUCCUGGACAAAGACCCACAAUAGAUGAGGUUGUGGGCUUUGAAUGGCUGAAGGAUGGCAUUGAAGGGUCUGGCAAUCCCUUUAGAGAGAACGAUGGGGACAGAUACCCAGACCCCACUGUGAUGGUCAUCAUGGGUGUCAUGGGGUACAAGCAAGGACAGAUCAGGGAAGCUUUCCGGGAGAAAAAGUUGGAUCCGAUGAGGGCCACCUACCUGAUUCUUAGGCAGCAGUGGACCUGGAGGAACAACUUUAUACAACAACAUAAGCCCAAGCAGUCCGAUGGAACCUUCAACCUUCUAUGCUGUCCCAUGCUGCCAAAACCGACUAUAAAGAGGGGAUCUAGUGUCCCUAGCCUUCCCAACUCCAUUUUGCCCACUCUACCUGAGAGUCCUGAGAACGACAAAAAGUGUAGAACAUGGUGCAGUGUGCCUCCCACCCUGAAAUGCCCUUACAAGAAAACACUCCCCAUUGACAGAAUCUGCUCCCAGCACCUACAUGAGGAUCACUUCAUGAACAUCAGCUGGGGGGAUGCAGAGAGCACUCUUGAUGCCUCUGAUGAAAUAUGUACCAGAGUGUCUUCAGUACUGGAAACUUAUUUCAACCAGUUAUCUCUGGAUGUGUCCAAAGCUGGCCCUAACAAAUCAAACGACAAGGCAUCCUCACAAGGUGAUUUAUCUCAUACCUCUGUGGAGGGUGUUCAGUGCAAAGACAUCAACAUACUAUGUGAGGAUGUCGAUUCCUGUCUCCCACAAAGCUCAUCUCAGGAGGACCUCAGUGUGCAGCCCCACAGCGUGGCUACAGCUGGCUCAAAGUACAAGACCUCAGAGGAUAGAUCACCUCCAUUCUCCAGCAUCGAGGCCCAGGAUGAGGGUCCCAUUGUAGAAGAAGACGACCACCUCAGCCCAUUCUCCCCCGAAACAACCCAGGGACACCUCAGUGGCCAGGGUCAGACUGCACCCAGAGUCCCACUUAGAAAGCGGCUUUGGAAGAGCAUACAGAACAGGAUAAUGAAAGGCCUGAGAAGUUUGUGUUGCUGCCUACCGACAGAAAAUAGGGAGAACGUAGCCAGCAGCCAAACUCAGAUUGUGCGCUUAAAUAGCCAUGGAGGCAGGCGAGGCAGCAGGUAG